AUGCACUACCAGCGGCCACCUGUGCUGCACCGCGAUUUGAAAGUGGAGAAUAUCUUGGUUGGCGACAGCGACUACAAGCUGUGCGACUUUGGAUCGGCCACAGACCAGCUGGUGCAACCCGACAGACGCGUCGUGGCGCUGGAAGAAGAAAUCCAGCGGUACACAACGCUAGAAUACCGCGCGCCCGAGAUGAUCGACCUGUAUUUGCAGCGCGGCAUCACUGAAAAGGCAGACAUCUGGGCACUGGGCGUGCUUCUGUAUAAGCUGUGCUACUACUGCACACCGUUUGACAAUGCAUCUCCUCUGGCUAUCCUGAAUGCCGAGUACUCGAUCCCAGAACGGCCAUCGUACUCGAAGCAGCUGAAG